AUGGCUGCUCGCCUACCAGUACCAAGUCUCCCCGUCCUCUUCGUCUUCCUCGCCGUCCAUGUCCCUGUUACCCAUGCCGACCCUCCUCUUCCGAGCACUUACGACGUCUCCAUGUGCUCGGAAUCCUUCUCGUGCGGCGGCGUCGAAAUCCGCUACCCGUUCUAUCUUGCCAACGCAACCGAAGCAAUCGCCAAUUACAGCGGGAACAUCUUCUCUUGCGGCUACACUGACUUGAGCAUUUCCUGCAAACUCGAGGGGCAGACCUGGAUCCCUACCAUCCGUCUCGACGGCGACGACUACACCAUCGAGAACAUAUCCUACCACUACGACCAUCAGACCAUCCUACUGGUGGACAGCGAUGUGCUCGGAGGCGCAGGCGGCGACUGCCCUGCUGUCCGCCAUGAAGUCAGGUUCGACGAGACAUGGCUGCAUAGCAGCAGCUACAAUGACUGCCAUUAUAACAAGAGCAACUUCACAAGCGGUGGAUACGGAGACGUGCUUAAGCGUGGGUUCGAGUUGGAAUGGAGCCAUAUCACAGAGGAUGGGUGUCACCUGUGCGAGGCGUCGAACGGGCAAUGCGCCUAUAGCCAGCACAGGGAAUUCCUGGGCUGCUUGUGUGAUGUUGGGAAGGCGGGCAGCCCGGACUGCAAACGAUCAAGAUCAAAACGGAAAACAGCAAUUAUUGCUGGUAUUGUUGCAGGCAUGUUGUCACUUCUAUUCCUGUGUCUAGUUAUUCUCAAAUUCUUCUCCGCUUCUAAAGAUGGUUUGCUGCCCUUCAAAUCGAAGGACGAACCAAGGGUUGAAUCAUUUCUACAAAAGAACGGGAACCUACAUCCGAAAAGAUACACUUAUGCAGAUGUUAAAAGAAUGACGAAAUCUUUUGCUGUGAAGCUAGGCCAAGGUGGAUUUGGUGCUGUAUACAGAGGCAACCUCCAUGAUGGCCGCCAGGUAGCGGUUAAGAUGCUGAAGGACACCAAAGGUGAUGGUGAGGAAUUUAUGAACGAGGUGGCUAGUAUUAGCAGAACUUCUCAUGUCAAUGUUGUGACACUUUUAGGAUUUUGCUUGCAAGGAUCCAAAAGGGCACUUAUUUACGAGUACAUGCCUAAUGGUUCGCUUGAAAGGUACGCCUUCAAUAGCAACAUGAAUAGUGGAAAUUCACUAAGUUGGGAUAAAUUAUUUGACAUAGCAAUUGGCACGGCCAGAGGACUUGAAUUUCUCCACUGGGGAUGCAAUACUCGAAUCGUGCAUUUUGACAUCAAACCACAUAACAUUCUAUUAGAUCAGGAUUUCUGUCCUAAGAUCUCUGACUUUGGAUUAGCCAAGCUAUGCCUGAAUAAAGAGAGUGCUAUCUCCAUUGCUGGUGCAAGAGGGACAAUAGGUUAUAUUGCCCCAGAGGCUUACUCAAAGCAAUUCGGAAUAAUAAGUAGCAAGUCUGAUGUGUAUAGUUAUGGAAUGAUGGUCCUUGAGAUGGUUGGGGCAAGGGACAGGAAUACAGGUGGAAAUAGUGAAUCUAGUAGUCAAUAUUUCCCUCAGUGGAUUUAUGAACAUUUGGAUGACUACUGUAUCAGUGCUUCUGAGAUUAAUGGUGAGAUGACAGAGCUCGUGAGAAAGAUGAUAGUGGUUGGUUUGUGGUGCAUACAAGUGAUUCCGACUGAUCGGCCAACAAUGACUAGAGUCGUCGAGAUGCUGGAAGGAAGCACAAGUAAUCUGGAAUUGCCACCCAAAGUUCUCUUGAGCUGA